AUGUCUGAAGCGAAGAAAGAUGGGGAGCUCGAGAAGACGUGCAACAGCUCGACGGAGAGCUCGCAGCUGGAGCCCGAGCCCGAGAAAGAAGACGUGCAGCCGUCGGGCCUCCAACUCCCCGAAGGAAUGAAGCUCCCGACGGCCGCGGACUUGCCGCCCGAGCCGCCGCAGGAGAAGGAGAAAGAGAAAGAAGCACCCAGCCCUCCUCGCGGGCGCACCAAGAAGAGCCGCGAUGCCAGCCGCGACAACACCAAGGAGGCCAGCAAGGAGGUCAGCAAAGAGGUCAGCAAGGACGACGAGAAGGCCAUCGAAGCGCCGAUCGAGUCGGUGAGGGAGAAGAAGAAGAAAGAGGUCGAGAAGCCGGAGCGGUCGACGAGGCGAAGGCGUUCGACCCCCGACGGCGAGAAGGACAAGCCGAAGCCCGAGAAGCCGGCGGCCGAUAAUGUGGAGAAGAGCGGCAAGCAGAAGAAGCCCAAGAAAAAGAAGUCGAAGAAGAAGAGCAAGCAGGCCGACCCAGACGCGGCCUGCGAAGAAAAGUCCGGCAGGGCCACCAAGGACAAGGAGUCCGCCGAAAAGUCGGACCGCCACGUCCGCAAGAAGGGCACCGCCCCGAAGAUCAAAGACAAGGAUGAGCAACGCCGUCCCGACCAGCAGGAGCUCGAGAAGAACGCCGCCUUCCGCGAGAAGCUCCAGAAGGCCUACAACUUUCUGGUGCAAGAGCCAGACGCGUCGGUGGCGGGGGCCCUCUACUACCACGGCUACGCCGAGCCGUCGUACGUCCGCGAGCGUCUCGCCAAGAUCGGCGAGUACCUCCUGUGCAAGAUCUACCGCGAGGUCGACAACAAGGGACGCAUCAUCGAGCUGCUGUGCAUCGCGCUCCAUGGCCCCUCCGAGAUCGGCUACUUCACGAUCAUGAUCGGCCCCAACAAACAGUUCUUCCUCGGCACCAAGGGAUUCGACAACAUCAACCAGCUCGUCUCCCACUUUGCCAGCACCGGCGAGCCGCUGCCCAACAAGGACACCGCCGAGGCGUUCAUCAUGCGCAAGUCGUCGCUGCGACAGAACGAGCUCAUCGCCCACGAGCAGGUGACGCUGAAGGAGGAGGUCGGCGCCGGCGAGUUCGGCGCCGUCUACAAGGGCAUCUACACGGGGGAGAAGGAGCCGAUCACCGUGGCCGUCAAGUCGCUGAAAGAUCUGCUGUCGUCGGACCCGGUGAAGAAGCAGAAGUUCCUCCUCGAAGCCUACAUCAUGAUGAAGAUUCGCCCGCACAAGAACAUCACGCAGAUCUUCGGCAUCUGCACGCUGAAGAACCCGCUGUACAUCGUGCUCGAGUUCAUGCCCAAGGGCUCCCUAAAAUCGUACCUCAAGAAGACGAAGGACGUCACCGACGAGGCCAAGCUCAGCAUGCUGCUCGGAGCUGCCGCCGGACUCGCACACCUCGAAGAAGCCGGCAUCGUGCACCGGGACAUUGCCGCCCGGAAUUGCCUGAUGGCCGUCGACGGGUCGGUCAAGAUCAGCGACUUUGGGCUGUCGAUGGAGGAGAAGGUGCUCAAGAACAAGUCCACCAAGCUCGAGCCGGUCCCGUUGCCCACCAAGUGGCUCGCCCCGGAGGUGCUGAAGCACUACAAGUUCUCGGUGAAGAGCGACGUGUGGGCUUUUGGCGUCAUGAUCUGCGAGGUGUACACGAACGGCGGCGACCCGUACCCCGGCAUGACCAACAAGGAGGUCAAGAAGCUCAUCCUCGAGACAAAGGGCCGUAUGCCCGUGCCGAAAGAGUGCCCCAAGUACAUGCACAAGGUGCUGGACAAGUGCUGGGCCGAGGCGCCGCAGGACCGGAAGUCGUUCAAGCGCCUCACCAAAUACAUGGAGUUCUCCCGGCUCGUCAAGACGGGUGGCUCGGCGCCGAGCUGCAUGCAGAAAGAAGUCCCUGAGCACUCGGUCUCGCUGCGCCCCACCAAGAAGAAGCGCCCCGCCAAGUCGACGACCUCGGUGAACGCCGGCGUCUCGACUCGACAGCGUCGCCCGAAAGGUGGC